GAGAAAAAAAAAAAAAUGCAACCUCCCAAAAUAAAGAGCAAAGAUUGCAUUAGGAGCGAACAGCGCUGCAGAAAUAGAUGGCAGCUUCGUGUCAGUGAGUUUGCAUCCCCCUUCCUGAUCCACGAGCUGGAGUGAUUAGAGCCCUGGAAGGGAAUUGUUACUCCCGUGGAGAAGUCCCCUUUUCCUGGCAGCCGUCUGCACUGUACACGCUGGAUGCCUCUCUCCAUCCACCCCACUCACUCUCUUCUCUCUCACCUCCUCUCUCCCUCUCUCCUGCAUUGUUUUUUUUUUUUUUUUUUUUUUCCUUUUUAGUUGACUGAAACAAAACAAAACAAAAGGGCCACUGGAUGUCUGCCUUCUUGGGGGGUGAGCCAGACAGACUGACAAACAAACAGACCCAACUGUGUUCGGGGGAGGGUUUCUCCUCCCGUUUUGCCCGGCAGCAGCAGCAUGGACGUGUUGGCUAGUUAUAGUAUAUUCCAGGAGCUACAACUUGUCCACGACACCGGCUACUUCUCAGCUUUGCCAUCCCUGGAGGAGACCUGGCAGCAGACAUGCCUUGAAUUGGAACGCUACCUGCAGACGGAGCCCCGGAGGAUCUCGGAGACCUUCGGCGAGGACUUGGACUGCUUCCUGCGCGCCUCGCCGCCCCCCUGCAUCGAGGACAGCCUCCGCCGCCUCGACCCCCUGCUGCUCCCGGUGGAGGCGGCCAUCUGCGAGAAGAGCUCAGCCGUGGACAUUUUGCUCUCUCGGGACAAGUUGCUCUCGGAGACCUGCCUCAGUCUCCAGCCAACCAGCUCUUCUCUAGACAGCUACACAGCCGUCAACCAGGCCCAGCUCAACGCAGUGACCUCAUUAACGCCCCCCUCGUCCCCUGAGCUCAGCCGCCAUCUGGUCAAAACCUCACAGACCCUCUCAGCCGUGGAUGGCACAGUGACGUUGAAACUGGUGGCCAAGAAGGCUGCGCUCAGCUCGGUCAAGGUGGGAGGGGUGGCAACAGCAGCAGCGGCCGUGGCGGCAGCUGGGACAGUUAAGAGUGGACAGAGCGACAGUGAGCAAGGAGGGGUAGGGGCUGAGGCAUGCCCCGAAAACAAGAAGAGGGUUCACCGCUGUCAGUUUAACGGGUGCCGGAAAGUUUAUACAAAAAGCUCCCACUUAAAGGCCCACCAGAGGACUCACACAGGUGAGAAGCCUUAUAAGUGCUCGUGGGAAGGGUGUGAGUGGCGUUUUGCACGAAGCGAUGAGCUCACAAGGCACUACAGGAAACACACAGGUGCAAAGCCCUUUAAAUGCAACCACUGCGACAGGUGUUUUUCCAGGUCUGACCAUCUUGCCCUCCACAUGAAGAGACAUAUCUAAAAAAACCCUAAAGGCCAGAGUUGCCAUGACGUCGGCCGUUGUCUGAAGGAAACGCCAUGAGGCAGGGGGCUGGACUUCAGGCGGGGACCCAUUGCCCCGCAGAAGAAAGUUCUCACUUCUAAACCUCUGUGUACACACACACACAGACACACACACUUACACACGCUCUCACGCACAGACCCCCUCCACACACUGUCAUGCACUCAGCUCUAUUUAAGAUAUAUACGUCUGUUCUUUAUGCCUUGCCCUAGCCAGGUGGCAGAAGACAAAGGAGGAGGCCAGGUGAACUCAGCAAGGCGGACCGGCUGCUCACUUCAGCACUCUUGGAAUUAUUGCCCGCUGUUGCCAAUGGAAAUCAAAGACAUUGGAUGCGACGUCCCCGCAGGUGGACAGCCAGCCGUAAGAGGGGCUUAUCUCUAACUUGCUUCUCAGUGCAACUUGAUAGGAGAAUACAACGUCUUAAAGUUGCAUAUGUGUAGCACUAAUGUUUCUUUUUAAAUAGUUGGGGGAAAAUGACCUAGAAAACCAAAUUGCAGUUUGGUAGCCAAAAUUAACUCUUGGUUUAUUUGUCCUUUGUGUGUGAAAAGUCCUACUAUUCCGUGCGUCCAACUUCCUCAAAGAACUGUUGAUCGGUUUUGGUUCUUCUUAGUACCAUUGAGAUCUUUUCCAGUCGAUACCAACGGCCUUAGCGGCGACAGACUCUGGAAUAACACCUUACACCUUUCUGGCCUGCAUUUCUCUAGACUUCACUCUUAAGGGAGGAGUUUUCUUUUCUUACUUUUUGACUCUUGCACACCAUAUGCACUAGGGAUUCUGGAAACUUCUAGCAUGACUGCAAAGUGGCCAAGAGAAUAAAGUCCUUGACGAUAAAUCACAGUCUAUCCCUUGAGCCUCACCUUAUUGCCAGUGCUAGAUUUUUUCUUUUUAAUCUCUCUGUUUUUGCUAACGAAAACUUGAAAAGCUUAUUUGGAAGCUUAAAUGUUUUAUCUUUUCUCCAUGGACUAAACCUCUCCAGGACUCUCUCAGCACCUGGAUGUCCAGCUCUCGAAGCAGCCAAUCAGAUGGGACAUCACAGUUCUCUCAUCCCCUUGAGGCAUCAUGACCUCAGCUCAUAGUGGUCAACCCUGUGCUGUGUGUCAUUGCUACCCUGUACCCAGUUUCAGCAUAGAUGUCGCUAGUCUCAAAGGGCAGCUGCAUAUUGAACCUAACUCUGGGUUAUGACCUGACAAAAAGCCAAAAAUAUCACUCUUUCCAGGAGUGGGGAAAACGGAAGAUGCCUCCCAAGUCUAGUGACUUCAAAAAACAUCAUCUAUCUUCCUCUCUCAUACCCACUGAGCUCAUGUUAUUCCACUUGUUAAAACAUACAAUUCAGAAACGCCAUUGUGGGAAUGAAGGGUGGACGUUUAAGGAAAGGGUUGAGAUGUUUCUCUCACGGUCUGUCUGAAAGGAGAGACAUAUGUCUGAUUUUUUUUUUUCUGGCUAGGCCCAUCAUGGCUUGUGACCUAGAGCACCCAGGAUCAACAGAGGCCUCACAUUUACUCUGCAGACUGACUCCAAGGGGGUUACAUUCCUUACUUUUCAUCCCACACACAUAUCCAAUAUCGAUCUCUGUAUCUACCCGCAUUUCUAGCUAGCUGGCACUGGCCUCAACUCCAAAGACUGCCUUUAGGACCAUUAAAUGGCCUAUGCAAGCAAGUGGGGUGGUUAUUAGGACAGAUUGUAUAUUUUGUAUAUUCUGGGACCAUCCCUUCAAGACACGUCUAAAAAACAAAAAUGGCAUUUGGUCCACACAUGGUUGCUGCUCCUUCGUACCAGCUGGCUCCCCUCCUGCCCUCCUUUGACUGUUUGACUCAUUGACUGUUACAGUGCCACCCCAUACCUAUUUGGGAUGCAAAACUGAAGUCUCUAAAAGGAAAUAAUAGUAUAAGAAACACAAAUACAUUUAUGACAGCAACUUUCAAGAUCCUUGGCAUUUGGUUUCUCAGCUCUCUGCAACCUUUGAUUUCACUGAAAUGUUGAAUCUACUCAUCUGAGGGUAAAGGAGCUUCUUUGUCACAAAUGUUGUAGCUGCCAAUUGGACUCUUGGGGCAUUCUGAGGUCUGGCCCUUAAACUUUACUUUCUCUUUCCUUUUUUCAAUUUAGACCAAAAAACAAAAAAAUACAAAAAAAAAUAAAAAUCAACCCUACAACAAAACAAUGACAAUAAAAAAACCACCCUAAAACACACACACAAAAUCUGCCCAUUUGCCGGAGGCAAUUAUGUAUAUGUUAGUUGAAGGGUAUUUUAAAAAUCAGUUUUAUUCCAAAGAUUUAAAACUAGACAUGACUUAGAAACAAUUUCUAGAGCACUGCUUUCUGACAAUCUCGUAGUUCUCUACUGCAUUUGAGUGCAUUUUGUGGCCAGUCCAUCGGGGCGUACCAUGGGAUUAUGUUUGAAUGUGUGAUGCAUCCUUUCUGGAUGAAGGAUGUGUGAGGGACCUUGAACCUCAGCUGUAUUAAAUUGUAGCGCCUCCAGUCAGUGCACUAGAUGAAACUUUAGACACCCCAGAUUUUGUUGGUUCACUGGUUUCCCUUUCCAUAGCAGCCUCCAGCAGGAAUGCACACACACACCAGUGAUGGCAUUGGCCGUGGCUGCCACCAUUUGCAAAUGUUCUCUCCCCAGCUGGAGCUGCUCUGGCCUGUCGAAAUGCUAUAUGAUUAAGGGUUUAUAAUACUUAAUUUAAUUUUUGAACUGACCAAUGCAAGGCUCUAUUAAAAAGAAAGUUAAAAAAAGAAUGCAAAAGAGUAAUCAUUGCUUGUUUGCUCCCUGUUGUCAUCUGUGGUCUUGGAAAGACCUUAUUUGAAUGUGGCGGAACAAAGGCCCUUUGGUCCUCAUCAGUGUUUGAACUGUCCUGUAAUUCCUCUCUCUUUUGUAUCAGUGAGGUCCUUUGUAAUCUGCUCCUGACCUUUCUCAGAGCAGGGUGCGCUGAACCAUGAUGUCCGGGCUCGCUUGCUUCAGAGUCAUUUGCUGACUGAGAACUGGCCUGAGAAUUUGUUGGGUGCUAAAUGUAUGGCUUUGAAACUGUUCUCUAGUCCGAUUGAUACCUGUGAAUGAUAACCAGUCCUGUCCGUGGGAGUGGGGGUAGAGCCCCAAUCAUUUUGGAAAAUGAUUUGUGAUAAAAUGCCCAUCAUCUCCAGAAUGGCAGAGGUGGUUGGUAAGAGCCUGCUGGAGUGAACAGGCUCUCCAAGAAAUGGCCUAAAAAUAUUUUGCUCCCCAAAGGACAGGUUAUUUGAAACAGUGCUUUAAUGGACAUUUGAAACACAUCGAACUGCUUUCUCAUUUAAAUUGUUACCUCCUAACGUUCCAGGGGAUCCCAGAUUUGAAAGGAAAAACCUGGCACGGUGUUUCUUGCGAUUGUCCUCUCAAGCACACUUAAUCCAGAGUUCAGAGUUCGGUGCAGAGAACAAGAGUGUUUCUAAGCCAUUGACAAUUUUGACAAUUUUCUUUCUUUCAAGUUGUGCUUCUUUCUCCUACCACCUGGCUGUAAGUCAAAGACGUGGAAACCUGAAAUGAUAUGCCGCUCCUAGCUGCUGGCCUCCUGCCCCACUAACCAUUCAUCUGCCCAACUUAAUGCCUGGUGGUGAUGACUAUUAUGUCCAGAAAAAGAGAUGUUGGGAUUCCAUGACAAAGCUGCAUUUUAUAAAAUUAUCGGAGACCCCAAAACGAACUUCGUGCUGACCAUUUCCUUCUCUCUACAUGCUUUCCCUUGCAGAGCCCUCAAACACCCCAUCUGCUCCCCUUCUGCACCUCUCGUGCCCUUUUUACAUCUUUGCCUGAUUCUAACAGGGUAAAAAGACAGCCAACCUCACGCAUGAUAGCAGAACUGAUUCCUAUGUUUUAAAAAAUCUUCUUUGAAUCUAGAAGCCAGAGAAGAUUUUUUAAAGACUUUAGUUUGGGAUAAACGUCCAGAUUAGCCACGUCUGUCUGCAUCAGAGGGGAAAUGGGACUUCCAGGGCAGCUCAUCCAGUGCCCUCAGAGCAUUCUGCCUACAGCCCCCACUCCUGAAUCCUAUGGCAAAGUCCCAAAGCAAGAAACUCAAAUGGCAAGAAUAACAAAAAUAGUGAUUCAUUUUAUUGGUUCAAAAUGGUUUCCUCUAUGGAAGGCACUUCAUAAAAUACAAAAUACAGUGCAAAGUGCUUUUGCCUUCUCUCUUGAAUGAGUUGGUUUUAGGAGAAGGAAGAAGGGAGAGAAAGUCAGAUGCAACACAUUUAACUCCAAAAAUCAGGUUCAUUGUUUCUUUUUUAAAACUCAUGAGGGCCAGCACGUCUGGCCAGUGUUGCACCCAGACCUUUGCCAAAGUGAAAGUUCCUUCGGGAGAACCUGGUUGCGGAAGCUCUCCCUGGCUUUUCCGGGAGUGGCCGCCUGCGAGGCGUGGGGUGGGGGCUGGAGGAGAGAAUUUGCAUUCUGGGCCUGGACUGCAUUUCGGUAAACACGGUGAUAUUUCAGUUUGAAAACGAGAGGAGCUGGCCUGAGUAUACAUCAGUGCCUCUUUGAUGGCCUACUUUCCUCAGUGAGAAUAUUGGGAAUACUUGAGAUGGAACAAAAGUAAUGUGUCCAAGGAAGCAACAGCUGCUUCUCAGUGUGAGAUCCCAUGACCACUGCCUGAAGCUUCAGGGUUUCCUCUUGCUUUUAACACUCUCUUAAACCUCCUCUGUUGGUAAUAAUAGAUCCCAGAAAGGGGGAUAAUAAAGCUGCAAUUAACUUUCUUGUAUGCACCCUUCCAAUCUAGUACUGUAUUCUUCAGGUGUUUUGCAUUUACGUCUAAGUCCUUGGGAAACAGGUAUCAUGGAGAGAGAAAUCCUAGGCCAUCACUUCACAAAUAUCCCAAACAAGAUACUCUUUUCAAACAGGGCUCCCUCUAAGUGGUCAUGAGGGAAGGUGAUCCGUUCUUUGUUGGGGACUGUUUAUACAAUUUUUUUCAACUGUGAGCUUUGGAAUCGUAAAUUGCUUUGACUCCAGCUUCUGUCUACUGCCAUAAAAUGGACCCCACAUCAGAAUAAUGAGGGUGGUAUGUCCGCACACACCCGGCUGUGUGCGCGUGUACCUAUUGUACCUUCGCAGAAGGAAAACGGGCUACUGACGUUUCAGAGGAGUAGCCACCAGUGCCUAAUAUCUUUUUGGGGGGAAUGGAUGCUUAUAAUCGCCAGUACAUUGAAACCAUACUGGGAGUUCCACAUAAAGGGGAAGGGCUGAGGGUGGGGAGAGGGGACAUUUUAAUCCUAGGCCUUUGGACCAGACAGAAUAAUUUCUGCAAAUCUAGGUCCUCAGAGGCUUUUGGGCUCAUUGGCUGGUUCUCAACCUUUUUUUCCCCGCCCCCCAGCAUGCAUUUCCUGUACUCAGACUUAAUUUUCUUACCUUUCACUUCUGCUUCAUUCCAGGGAGGAAAAGUACACCUGUUAUGGCCAAGAUCUCCUUGCUAACACAGAGGCAAAAAUAAAUGUUGAAUAUUUUUGAAGCCUCCCCUCCUUCCCACAAAUCUCCCCAAACUCCUUCUCUCUUCAUCCCCUCCCUGCUCCCACCACACAACUUCCCAGCCACCACCAUUUUCCUUUCAAAUCUCUAUUACCCUCCUAACAGUUGGCUUGAAGAAAUUUAUUUUUGCACUAUACAUUUUCUUUUUGCCAGAUGUGUCUAACAAGUGUUUGGAGAGACCUACUCCCAGCCCCCUCCCCUCCCCUGCCUCCCCGGUCACAUUCUCUCAGGCCUUCUCUGGUAUUUAUAAUAUAUCACAGAAGUACCCAGUCUUAUAGCCCUCGGUUAUGCCUUUUUUUGACAUUUUAUUUUUUUUAAGCUUUUUAUAUAUAUAUAUAUAAAUAUAUUACUUUGUCAAGUUUUUUUGCUGUACAAAAGUCUUAAGAUUUAAAACUAUUAUUUGUAUUAUAUGAUGGUGGUAUGUUAAUGUUACAAAAUUAUUAAUGAAGAAAAAAUUUAUUUUUGUUACUGGUCUGUUUCAUAAUUCUUUUUUAAAUUGGUAUAUUGUAAGAUAUCUAUGCAAAAAAUGUUAUGUGACGCAUUUUUAUUUAAGAAUGUAAUAUGUGUAAUAAACAGUAGAAUGUG